AUCAUAGGCGAGGAGGCAGAGCGCUGGAUCGAGUUGACGGUGCGUGGCUCUGAUUCUCUCUCAGUUUUACUUGAGCUCGCGAAACGGCGCAGCUUCGCCAGUCAGGGAGCAGAAGGCAGACAUCACAUGGAGUGACAAGGGCACCAAAGACCAUUAACCACCCCAGAAAGCCGUAAACGUACGUUUCAAGUGUUCAUGUUGAGAUUUGUGUGAUUCCCCAGCGAACAAAAUGUCUCAAAAAGUUCGCAAAAACGGAUCUCCGACGUCUAACUGCAGCGGAGUGACCGCGGGAAGCCCGAGCGGAUCCCCGGGGAUCAGCGCCGCUGGAGUGAGUUCACUGGGUCGCCUGCUGCCCAUGAAAGCCACGGUUCCCUUCCAGCUGAAAACGCAGACACAGCACCCUCUACAGACACGGACAGUCCUCUCCACCGGUAACGUUAACGGUAAAUGCCACAGCAGCGGAUCCCACAGCCGGAGCCCCACGCGAUCCCUUUCCUCCAGUGCCUCAAACGUUUCUGCAGCCACGUCCACUUCCUCUGCGACGUGUUCACAGUUCAUCGCGGCCACAGCGGUUUCCUCCGCUCCUUCCUCCUCAUCAUCUUCAUCUUCAUCAUCAUCAUCAUCAUCAUCAAGAACUAGCCCCAUUAUCGCCGUGCACGCGUCAAACCCUAGAGUGUCCCACGCGCAGGUACCUGUGGCAUCCUCGUCAUCACCCUACACAGGUGUGCACGUGAGCCCCCCGUGCUGCUCUCCCUCCCAGCAGAUCAGCUGCAACUGGGACACUUUAGCCCUUACUUCUAAUUUAUCGUCUUCCUCCUCGUCGUUGUGGUCCUGCGGUCUCAGGGCCAAACACCUCCAGACCCCUGAACAUGACAGGCUGUCUCCAGAGAGGCUCAGCCCCAGCUCACCUGUCUUCACAGACAAGCAUAGACUUCCUGUGGCAGGGUCUUGGUGUACCACCAGCAAUAACGGUAGCAUUCGUCGCACCUCCUCUUUGGACGCGCUCACAGCCCCUUACCUGUCCGGACACUGGCCCCGGGACGUCAUCCACGCCCCUUGCGCCCCUUGCAUGAGGGACAAAUCCACCCAGACCCCCAGUGCCUGGGCCGAUGAAUGCGGAGAGAAGAAGAGGAGCUGUCACAAGCGCUCAGCCUCCUGCGGCAGCACUGACCAGCUAAAAGAGAUUGUGAAGCUGAGACAGCAGCUCCAGCGCAGUAAACACAGCAGCCGUCACCAUCGCGACAAGGACCGCAAAUCUCCCUUCAAUGGCAACCAUGCUGCUUUCAUCCAAUCACAGGCUCCUAUUCCAAAGAGUGUCCUGAUCUCUAUUCCCAUCUCCAAGUCUUCCGUCUCUCGUUUCCGGAACAGCGUGGAGGGGCUGAAUCAGGAGAUCGAGCGCAUCAUUAUCCGAGACACAGGAGACAGAGAGGAGCAGCUUAUUCCUCAGGAGGCUCCAGACGGGCAUCGGGCUCCUCUGCCCCUCUGCCAACGCAGUGCCAGCUCCCGCAGCAUCGACACGCAGACGCCCCUGGGCACCGCAGCGGGCAGUAACCACAGCAACAGCAGCAGCCGUUCUCAGUCCAUCUCACCCACGUUCCUAAACGUGCCAAGUGAGCCCUGCAGCGAUAGUCCGUCUCCCCACGAGGACGAGACUCUGGCUGACGGCUGUGAGAAAGAUAUGGCCCCCAUCUCGCCGCUACCCAAAUACGCCUCAUCCCCGAAGCCGAACAACAGCUACAUGUUCAAACGCGAGCCACCCGAGGGCUGCGAGCGAGUCAAGGUCUUCACAGAGGAAACACAGGCCAGGCCUCCACGAGAGAUCCCACAGUUCCUGUGCCCAGAUAGGAACAAGGUCAACUUCAUCCCCAAGAGCGGCUCCGCGUUCUGCCUGGUCAGCAUUCCCAAGCCGCUGAUGCCCACACAGGAGCUCAACAACCUCAAGAACCAGAGCGCCGCCCGCCUCACGCCCGAACCCGAGCCGAGAGUCUCGCGGAGAACCUGCAUGCUUUCCCAGCAGCCCUCAGGCUCCUCCCCCUCCUCCUGUCUGUCAGAGAGUUAGACACGCCCCUCGUCGAGCGUCCUAGCAACUGCAUCCACACACUCUGCACAUUUCAAUAAUCGAACGUGAUAAAAAAAAAUCGGACUCUCGGAGAACAAAGUGUUUAUUAAUAAACGACGGCUUUCGUUGGGUGAAAAGAAGAUGAAACGGUUGCCUUUCGCUAUGCACAUUUUUAGCUUUGUGCUUGUUCUCAAAGAACAAAGAGGCCAUUUUGGGGGUUUUGGGUUUGGGAUAAAUGUAUGUAGCUUUAUAUUAUUGCUCUACCUUUCAUAGAGCGAACCUGAGAAUGUGUCUCGGAUCACUAUGAAUAGUGGCUACAUGGAUCUGUUUUUGUGAGACACAAUGUAUAUUUUAUAAUAGUUUGCAGUGGAUCGCGUUUGCGAGAAUCGUUUCUAUCGUACUAGGACCAGCACAUCAUUGAAUACAAAUGAUGCCAUUUCAAGUGAGACCAAGAGACCUGGUAGGAUGAAUUCUGGGUUGAUGAAGGUCUCUCGGACUGAAUCGUUGUCACAGUUGCAGGCCUUCUCCGUUCAGUCCAGACAAAAGCAGCAGGGGAACAGGAGGGACCGGUUCUCUGCCUUUUCUCCUCUACCUUUCUCACUGGCGGUGGCGGCGAGGAGACAGAAAGGUGUUAAAGAUAAGAAUAGCGAGUGUGAGAGAAAUCGCCACGUUUGACGGCUACAGGACGAGUGGCCUGUAAACCUGAUUCUUUUUGUUUGCAUAGCUGUAAAAUGCGUUUCAAAUGCAUAUGGGUCCAAACUCUGACCUUCAAACCCAGCAGGGAACAAAGUGAGAGGAGGGCACGACAGGAUCUGGGUGGACAGACAGAUGGAGUGUUUUCUCGCCUCUCACAAUGAUUAAGCCGAUUUAGCUCCAGGAAUGUUUGGAAAAAAGAACACAAUAAGAACAAAAUCGAAUUGCGAAAAUGUAACGCAUAAAAUGUCCAGGUAGUUACCAAUUCAGAUCAGAACAUUCAUGUAAUGUUUCCUGUGAUAUCCAAUGAAAUAGUUUACAAAGUCAGAGCACAUUAUUGUCACCAGAUUGAUUUAAUGCAUGCAGUCUUGGAAAUUUCAGUCAAGUGUGCGUGUGUGUGUGUGUGUGUGUGUGUGUGUGUAUUCAAGCAAUUAAAAACAGCACAGAUUUUCUGUCCGUUUCCGUGUCUAAAUGAA